CACACACACACACACACACACACAGUAACCCCGCCUCCUCUUUCCAGCACUUUCUGCUCUCUUCUCCGUGACAAUCACCUCUGCUGACCGCUGUCCUCUUUGCUCCUCAUCUUCAGCGUCCAGAGGUCGGCGUGGGGGAGCGGUGUGUGCGCGAGGCAGCAUGCCAUGUCGUCCCCCGGCUCCUCGUUUGUGCAGAUCAAGCACCAGGACCUGCUCUUUUAUGAGAACUGCGGAGGAGGCAGCUUCGGGAGCGUCUACAGGGCCUUGUGGGUGUCUCAGGACAAGGAAGUGGCAGUGAAGAAGCUCCUGAAGAUCGACAAAGAGGCGGAGAUUCUCAGUGUUCUGAGUCACAAGAACAUCAUUCAGUUUUAUGGAGCCGUGCUGGAAUCUCCCAACUAUGGCAUCGUCACAGAAUAUGCCAGUGGAGGCUCUCUGUAUGAGUUCCUGUCCAGUGAGCAGAGUGAGGAGAUGGACAUGGAGCAGAUCAUGACCUGGGCCAUACAGAUAGCCAAAGGGAUGCAUUACCUCCAUGCAGAAGCUCCCAUCAAAGUCAUCCACAGAGACCUCAAGUCACGCAAUGUGGUGAUGACAGCAGACAGAGUACUGAAGAUUUGUGACUUUGGUGCAUCAAAGUUCUUGUGCCACACCACCCACAUGACGGUGGUGGGCACGUUUCCCUGGAUGGCUCCUGAGGUCAUUCAGAGCCUGCCUGUCUCUGAGACGUGUGACACGUACUCCUACGGCGUGGUGUUGUGGGAGAUGCUGACUCGGGAAGUUCCUUUCAAGGGCUUUGAAGGACUGCAGGUUGCAUGGCUGGUGGUGGAGAAACAAGAGAGGCUCACCAUCCCCACCUGCUGUCCAGCAAGUUUUGCAGAGCUGAUGAGGAAGUGUUGGCAAGCAGAGCCAAAGGAACGUCCACAGUUUAAACAGGUGCUGGUAACCUUGGAGACCAUGGCUAACGACAGUAGGCUACCUGACCAGUGCAACUCCUUUCUACAUAACAAGGACCAGUGGAGGUGUGAGAUCGAGUCCACCCUGGAGCGUCUGCGUAAGCUGGAGAGAGAACUGUACUCCAAGGAGAAGGAGCUGGAGGAGCGUGAGAGGAGGCUGAGACUGUGGGAGGAGAGACUGAUGGAGAGAUCCACCAUGACACCUAGUCCCACCUCCUUAAUGAUGGACCACUCACAGUUCUUCACACCGCUCUCCAUCAGCUCCUCGGGUUCUUCUUUCUUCCGCUCGCACUCUCAAGACUCCACCAGCACGGGGGUCAGCAGCGCGGGGGUCAGCAGCGCGGGGGUCAGCUGCCUCCUCCGCACCCUCAGCAACGGCGACAGCGAGCGAGGGAGUAGUGCGGUCCUGGAGAGGGGGGCAGGCUCUCUGGAUGGCGGGCGGCUGCACGUCAUGCUGCGAGGCCUGCAGGGGCGGUUGGGAGAGGAGGACGAGGAGGAGGACCAGGGCACCCUGGAGGAGAAAGGCUGGGCCCAGCGGGACGAAGGCGGGAGCGUGGAGGGAGGACGUGUGCAGGUGACGCUCAGGAGCUUCCCGGGGGGCAGGAUGGAGAGGGAGGAGAGGACGUGGGAGGGAGGGGAGGUGGAGGGAGGGGGCGUGCAGAGGAGCAGGGUGACCACCAUCCUCAGAGGGUACUCGGGGGGCUUCGGAGAGGCCGAGGGCCAGAAAGAGGCGGAGGAGGAGGCGGAGGAGGCAGGGAGGCUUCCAACCAUGUUUCAGGGUCUCUACGGGAGCUUGGGGGAGCGGCUGUCCUUAGACAUGGACCACAUGGACAUGGGGGACCUGGUCAGGAGCGAGCUGGGGGUGAGGGGUCACAGGAGCGACAUGGUGGCUCACUCGGGGGUGCAGGUGAGCAUGCGGGCCUCGUCCAAUCAGAACUCUGUGAAGAGCUGCAGCGUGCGACACGGUUCCAAAAUCAACAUGGCCACCGCCGCCAUGGACAUGAUGGAGCUGGACUGGUCUGACAGCGAUUAGCACCUUUUUACUUUUUCUAGCAAGUGUGGUGUACUCUACCUACCUAUUUCAAUAGGUAUUUACCUACUGUAAACACCUAUUUCAAUAGGUAUUUACCUACUGUAGACUUACUGUACCUACCUAUUUCAAUAGGUAUUUACCUACUGUAGACUUACUGUACCUACCUAUUUAAAUAGGUAUUUACCUACUGUAAAC